AUGACAGUUGCUAAGCAGACGGGUAUUAGUAUGGGCAAUGCUCGUGCUGGGACACGUAAUACGGAUGAGCAUAUCGAUCAGGUGGUGCAAUCUGUGUCGGAUGCAACCAAGAGGUUGUCUCAGAUUUCAAAUGCUAGUACGACGGUAAGAAAGACGGGGAAGAAGAAGAACAGGGAUACCGUGGGGCCCUGGAAGCUGGGAAAGACUCUGGGUAAAGGUUCUUCGGGUAGGGUUCGUUUAGCAAAGAAUAUGGAGACAGGGAAGCUUGCUGCGAUUAAGAUUGUUCCGAAAAGGAAUGUCCGUCACAAUAAUACGCAGUUGACGUCGUUACCAUAUGGGAUCGAGAGGGAGAUUAUCAUUAUGAAGUUGAUUUCCCAUCCCAAUGUGAUGGCUCUCUAUGAGGUGUGGGAAAACAAGCCAGAACUGUACUUAGUUUUAGAGUAUGUUGAAGGAGGUGAGUUGUUUGAUUACUUGAUCUCAAGAGGGAAGUUGCCAGAACAAGAGGCUGUGCACUAUUUCAAACAGAUUGUACAAGGUGUGUCCUAUUGUCAUCAUUUCAACAUCUGCCAUCGUGAUUUAAAGCCUGAGAAUUUACUUCUAGAUAAGAAGAAUCUCAGUGUAAAGAUCGCAGACUUUGGAAUGGCAGCGCUGGAGACUACUGAUAAGUUACUGGAAACAUCUUGUGGUUCCCCACACUAUGCAUCACCCGAAAUCGUGAUGGGCCAAAAAUAUCAUGGCUCCCCAAGUGAUGUUUGGUCCUGUGGCAUUAUCUUGUUUGCUCUUCUUACGGGGCACUUACCGUUCAACGAUGACAACGUUAAAAAGCUAUUAUUGAAGGUGCAGUCUGGGAAGUACCAAAUGCCACAAAACAUAUCUAACGAAGCAAAAGACUUAAUAGCCAAGAUCCUGAUUGUGGAUCCUGCCAUGAGAAUUACUAUUGAUGAAGUUUUAGAACAUCCGCUGUUGCUUAAGUACCAAAAGACGCGUAGUAAGUCCAGUUCUAAUCUUCAUGCGUUAGAUAGUACUCCUAAUAUAGUAGUUUUGGAGUCUGAGGAUAAGAUUGAUGAAAGCAUUCUAAGUAAUUUACAAAUCUUGUGGCAUGGUGCACCUAAGGAAUAUUUAACUGGAAAGUUGCUUCAACAAGGAUUUACAGAAGAAAAAUUGUUUUACUCCUUAUUGUUAAGAUAUCAAGAGAGACAAAAACUUCCAGAGGCUUCCCAACCGAAGCCUCUCAGUUCUUUGGCACCUCUCAGGAAAACUGGUUCAUCGAAUGCUGAUACCCCACAACUUGGUGUCCUUAGUGCACCAAGAAUUGUACAGAAAUCCCAGUUUUCAGUUAAUACAUUAGCAAAAUCUCCUAAGAAAACGCGGGAAGGUUAUGUUGCUUCCUCUUCCAGGGUUUUCAAGCAUAGCGUAUCGAGGAGAUCAUUGCAUGUAUCUCCUUCAUCAAUGAAGAAUUCUGCUUCCAGCAGAUCUUUAAAGAGUUCUUCAUCCAGAAUGCGUCUCAACUCACCUUGCAAACAACCCAGUUCUCCGUCAAAGCCUGCAACAUCCCCAGGCAAAAGAAGAACAUUGCACAAUUCUGCUUCUAAGAGGUCUUUGUAUUCUUUGAGUUCGAUUUCGAAGCGUUCUUUGAACUUGAAUGAAUUUCUUCAAGAUCGUCCCGGUAGUAAAACACCUCCAUUACCUUCAACACCCUUCCAGUUUACUGAUAAUGAAGAACAAAAGACUACAACAGCCGCCAUAAAUGAAGCUAAGAAAAUUGCUAAGAAAACAAUCUAUACUUCAGUUUUGGAUGAUUUCCAGGUGAGUGGAUCUGGUAAUAUUUCUUCUCUUCCUCCUGUCAAUAAGCAUCCAAUGUCUGCGGCUCCAAUUGUGCAGCCGGCAUUUAUGUUUGGCGUUGGGACAGGUCCUGUAUCUAAUCGUGCCAGUGCUAAUUCAUUAUCCAGGCCUUCUUUGAAUAGUCGUCCAAGUUAUCAGAGCUUCCGUGCCAAUUCUCGUUCUUCAGCACGUAAAGAAUUUUCACCUAGAGAAUCUUCAAGUGUUUAUGAUGCUACAAAUUCUAACUUAAGGCAAGGAACUGAUAAAUCCAAUAUGAGCACCGAAGAAUUUUUAAAUACAAAGCCUGUUAUGGAGAAGAUACAGAGUAGAGAUUUAUCUUUAGAUAGACGUUUAAAGAUCUCAUCUCCCUUAGCAAGUGUCGCAGGCAAACAUGGUGGAGUUUCUUUGGAUCCGCGUCGCAGUGCACCAGAUCCUCCCAAAACAAUCGAAAACUUGUUACGUAGGUACAGUAUUUCAAACUCACUGAAGUCAAAAUCAUCACUUAAGAAAAAGAGAGAUAGCGGAGCAUGGUCAAUUACAGGUAAAUCUAUAUUCCAAGAUUUGGGAGAACUACCAGAAGAGAAUGAACACGUUAAAAAAGUUGAAACGAGAUCCAGUAUUGAUGAAUACAGACAGGCUCUGACCGCUGUAGAAGUUGCAAAAAGUACACCUGUCACAGAUUCUAGCAUUUUGGCUCAAUCUAGUUCUAUACAUUCCAAUUCUCGUGGAUCCGAUGGUGAUCAUAAAGCGGGUGCAGUUGAAAGAAUACAAAUAGAUCCCGUGGAUUCAGAGAAUACAACACUGGAGCUUAAUAGUCGAAGUCCCAAUGGGUUACUCAAAAUGCCAUCAUCAUUCUUGCAUUCUUCAAACACCUUUGCAAAUCUAAACGACUUCAUAUCUAAUAUGAACGAGGAUCAUGAUCCUAAUAAUAACAAAGCAAGCAAGAUGGAUGUUGAAGUUUGCAAUAAGCCUACUUCAGAUUCAGUUAUGAAGCAUAAUUUGCGCACACUGACUUCAGGGGAUCAUUUAAAUACUUCAUUAACCCGCCGAGAAAGUAAGAAUAGUAUACAACAUGAUUUACGUUCCAAUUUUUCAGAUCUUUCUUGUGUUGUCGAUUUACCAAUAUACACUUACACUGCUCGUGCCAUUACAAUUUCGCCUGCAAAUCAAAAUGUCUUGAAUAUAUCGCCUGUCGAACAGUUCUACAGUGAAGAUAUGUUGGACCCUAAGAAUUCCAAAGAGCAGUUGCUGUCAGCCGUAAAGUUAAAACCUAGCUUCCGUAUUCCGCACCGACAAGUAACUGAGGAGGGGACAGACAAAACGAUUAUGACUCAAGAAGGCGAAUCAGUUAAUAUAUUCGAAGAUGCACCUGAGGACGAAGGGUCCUUAACCACAAGUUCUAGUGGCUCAGUGCCAAAUGUUCAUCGCAAAGCUGUUUCAAUUGAUACACUGAAUACGACUUUCGUGCUAGCACCCACUGUAGACAUAAGAACAAGCUUGUACGUUAAUGGCAGCUCCACUUUGCCAAGAGAGACUACAGAGGAAAUAAUUUCUAAAUUCAAGCUCUCACCAGAAAGAAUGCAAAGCAAUACCAAGAACGCUCAAAGAUACUCUUACCAGAUGACGUGGAGUCGUAGUAUGGUUUCAAUGUUCAAGGAUCUAGACAACGAGAUCCGUAUAAUUGAAGAGCCGGAGGGUUCUGAAACUAUGAAUAUAUUAUCCAAGGGUGUAAGAUCUUUAAAUGUGCUCGAACCACCGAUAGAAGAACAAAGGAUAGCUGUGGCUGAUAUUGACGAUAAUCAAAAGGAAGGACAGAACAUAAAACGGGUUACCAUGUUAUUUGAUGAAUAUGAACCGCAAAACGUAUUUAAAAGAUCACCAGUGAAGGCAUCAAAAGAAGAUACUGUAGUUUCAAAGCCUAUGAAAAGGCAAUCCCCUGUACCAUUGCCAAUUGAUAACGGCAACACUGGUUUUGGAAAUGCUAGUGGUGCAGUUUUGACUCCAAUUGUAGAAUCGCCUAUUGAACCUUUAACAGCCAAUACUACUGCUAGAAAACAUGCACAAGGAAGUUCGAGCAAUAAGCCAACUCAUGCGUCUGAUGGGUUGAAGAGAUCAAAGGGAAACUGGCUUACACGUUUAUUACAUUCCUUUUCCAAACCUAGAACUUUAUGUCAGAUACAUUACACAGAAUUAACAUUUGAUGAGGUGAAUCUUUUAAUUUUACAGAAAAUUGGACAUAGCGACAUUGAUUUCGAAUUAAAAUACAUAGAACGCAGAAAAGGCAAGCAAAAGAUCGAAUACGAAUGCUGGUUUACUGAUGGUUCUUUUAAGCACAAAAUUAAUAUAUUUGGAGAAAAUUCCACACCGACAACAGUUCACAUUAAACAUAAAAGCAAAAAUAAUAAUGAAGAGACAUUUUCAAAAUUAAACGAGGAAAUUGUAACUUUAAUCAAGAAGGAGGAGGUUAAACAAGCUGUAAAAUAG